AUGCCCCCAACAAGCAUAAACACAAGCACAUUAUCCUCCUUCAUAACCUCCUUCUUCACUACUAGCGACACUCCAACCGCCCACGAAAAAUAUGCCCGCGAAUACUUCACCGCGGACGCAACGCUAACCAUGGGCGGGAAACGAGCCGAUGGGUUCGACGAAAUCCUCUCCCUUCGCAAAUCACUCUGGACAUCAAUUUCAUCCCGCAAACACACAGUGUCCAAGAUAUUCUUCGGUGCUGAGAACGACGCGAUGCUAUAUGGUAGAGUUGCGUAUGUCAUGAAGGGGGAAGCAGGGAUGGAGGUGGAGAUUGAUUGGGCUGCAAGGGCUGAAUUUGUCAUUGACUCUUCUUCUUCUUCGCCGAAGAUGAGGUUUUAUCAGGUUUAUUUGGAUACUGCUGCUCAACAAGCUGCCGCUGCUGCGGCGGCGCGGCAUAAGUAA